AUGGUGGAGAUGCUGAAGCAGGACCUUUUCAGUCCUGUUCUUCCUGCUCAAAGCGUCACUUUACCUGGAGAUGUGACCAGUGAUAUUUGCAAUGAGGAGAAGAUCAGAGCGGUGAACACCUGCUGUGCAUCUACCUGUAUGGACAGUGAAGAUGAUUUUGAAGAGGACCUUAAGUUUCCUGGCCCUCUUAUGAGAGUGCCAUUUGAGAUGUCAGUCCUACCUGAAACCUUUGUGACAACUGAGACAUACGAAUACUUGCUGUCGCUGACCUCAGGGCUGGCCCAGCCAAGCUUCCAGAUCUUCAAGUUGUGCCAUGUCAGCAGGGUGGUCUAUUUUAAGCUGACUCUCAUAAGUGCUGCCCCUAAAUACUGUGAGACCAUCGCUAGGGCAGCCUUCACUUUCCCCGACAGAAUCAAAAGUAGCUUCAUUGAACGGCUUAUUUUGCUGUCUUGCAAUCUCCUAAAAGACCAGGCAGAAGAACCUGAGUGGCUGCUAGAGCUCCGGCAGCUGCACAGAACUAAAUUAGCAAAUGCUAAUGGUGACCCAGAGCAGUACAUGGCAUCUACCAUCCAUGAGGUGUAUUCUGAGAUUCAGGACUCACAAUUUUCCCUGAGGACAGACGAGAUCCCCGCUCUCCAGUCCACUGAUCUGGAGCAGCAUGCUGCCCCACGGGCUGGGCUUUAUUCACGGUACACUUUGGGAAAACUGCUGGGGAAGGGAGACUAUGGAUCUGUCUUCGAAGGACACCGGAUUGAAGAUGGGAAAGAGGUUGCCGUUAAAUUUGUUGACAAGGCCGGUGACAUCAUAACAAUUCCUGGAGAGACGCAGAAGCUGCCUGUAGAGGUGGCGCUAAUGAAGAUGGUAUCCAAGCCACCUCGCUGUAGCAAUGUGCUGGAGCUGCUGGAGUGGUUUGGAAUAGACAAUCAGUAUGCCCUGGUCCUGGAAUGGCCCAGGCCCUGUAUGGACCUCUUUGCUUUCACUAUGCUUCAGGGCGGCCACCUGUCUGAAGCACAGGCUCGAGACAUCAUGCUGCAGGUGAUUUGGGCGGCUCGUCACUGCUGUGACCGUGGAGUGUUACACAGUGACAUCAAUUUAGAGAAUCUCCUCAUCAACACCAGGACCUUGGAUAUCAAACUGAUCGAUUUUGGCUGUGGGAGACUGCUGAAGGACAGCCCCUACUCCUCAUUUACAGGUAAUUUUAUGCGAUAGAAUCAAAGAGAAAGCAGUGGAGAAUAGGUUUUUAAAUGUUUUUGUGACCUUGCUGAUGGUGCUCUUUCUCUCUUUUACACUCAGGCACUGAUGCAUUUAAACCUCCUGAGUGCCUGAUGAAUUUAAAGUACAUGGGCAUUCCUGCUACCAUCUGGGGUCUAGGCAUACUCCUGUUCUGCAUGAUCUGUGGAUGCAACCCCUUUGAAUCAGGUGGCGACUUUCAGUGUGCACACCUGGAAUUAUGUUCUGACAUGUCUCGAGGUGAGUCGAUACAGAAACAUCACGCUGUAAAACUGACGUAGCAGAAUAACUUUAAAACGCACUCUUGAUUCUUUUUUCAACAGAGUGCUUUGAGCUGA